UACGCGCGGUUAAUCAGCUCAUUUGUCUUGCUGCACUCAACGACUUCAGUUAAUCAACGAGUUAGGCUUUCGAGUGAAUAUUUUAAAGCAAACAUUUUUCAAACAACGGUAUUAUUUUCUUUAAGUUACUAAAAAAUAAGUAAAAUGGUUAACUGUGUGAAUUGCAUGGCUGUGGACUUCGUCGUACUGGCCGUUUUGUGCCUAGCCAUGGCCCAUAAACUGCCGGAAAUUGUUUUAUACGAGGGUGACGCCUGCGUUACUAGCAGCUAUGAUGGCAAAUGUCUGGUGGAGAAGCAGUGUCCCAAUUUAGAAGCAACCAUGACGCGAAAGGGCUUGUAUGCCAAAGACGUGGGCCACUGUGGCUAUACGGUUUACGAGGAAAUCAUUUGUUGUCCUGAGAACAUCACAGAACGUCCGCUUUCCAAAAAAUAUUUCAAAACCACAGAAGUUCACACAACUGUAACAUUAAUCUUCACCACAACUGCCAUCGUACAAACGGAGAUAAUCGAGGAUGAAUUGGUUUUCAGUAAUUACACUACGUCGCUCGAUACUAAAUAAGUACGAGAAUGGGUGUGCUUACAUACCUACAUUCCUAUGUGAAUUUUUUACUACAGAAUACAAAAGUUUCAUUGUACUGUGGAGUUUCUCACGAUAUUCAUCUAAACUAAACGAAAUGCUCUAUGUUUAGCUCCUAAUUAUUAGUUAAGGUUGAAGAAGAUAGCGCUGAUGUUUUGUUUGCUAAUCGCACGAUACGAAUAAAUACUCAGUGGCCAUUA